GUGAUAAACCGGAGGCUGGACGUGACUCUCUCCUCUCCUCUCCUCCGCAGUGCACUUGCAGCUGAGCAGCUCUCCGGACAGGACCGUCUCCUCCUCCCCUCCUCUCCUUUAUAUCACUCCUGCCUUUGGCGCUGGCCAGAGUAGCAGCGGCGCUGCUGGAAGGCUGCGGAGACUCUUCCAUCCGACUCCACGCUGCGGAGGUUUUCCCGGACAGACGCGUGACGGCGCGGACUCUUAAUCCCGCCGAAUCCCAAUCCGACAACAAUCCGUGCCUCUGGAAUUAAGAUGAGCGCUUCUGCCGCACGGCUCUACUCCACAUAGCGCCGCGUUUCCCUGCUCCAGAUCUGUUUCAUGUGACUCCUGCGUACGAAGAAGGAUGACUGCUACCUUUCCGCUGGUGAUUCUGUGCGCCCUGGCGACGUUAGCGCUGGCGUCCAAGACGGAGCGGGCGCUGAACGUUGAGUGUGACUCUGGCCAGUUCACCACCGGCGGGGAAUGCUGCAUGGAGUGUCCACCUGGAGAGGGAGUGGUGAAGGAAUGUGGCGCCGCUCAGACUGUCUGCGCUCAGUGUUUGGACAGUGAGACCUACUCAGAGAACUACAGCCACACGGAGAACUGCAAACCGUGCACUCAGUGUACCGGCCUGAUGCGGAUGGAGACUCCCUGCACCGACUCCAACGACGCCAAAUGCGUCUGCAAGUACAACUUCUACUUCAACAGCGUCUCUGGACGAUGCGAGCCGUGCACUGUGUGCCCGCUGGGACAGGGUGUUUACUCGCACUGCGACGCUUACCACGAUACCAUAUGUGAGGAGUGUGUGGACGAGACGUUUUCUGACCGGGAGAGCUACCUGGAACCCUGUUUACCCUGCACCAUCUGCGAGGAAGACAUCGAGACUCAGCUGGCUGAGUGCACGCCCACCAGUGACUCCGUCUGCCACAACCCAAACAUGCCCACAGACUUUCCAAUCAUAAACAGUGAAGCAUCGAUUUUUCCCGAUUACCCCUACCCGGAAGGCUCGAUCAGCCCGUUCCCGAGCGGAGAGACGACCACGUCCAGCGGCGGCGCUCCUCACUUCCUCGGCCGGGGCUUCAACGAAAACCUCAUCCCGAUUUACUGCUCAAUCCUGGCUGCUGGUGUGGUCGGCCUGGUGGCAUACUUCGUGUUUAAGAGGUGGAAUAGCUGCAAGCAAAACAAGCAACCAGCUAAUAACCGUGCGGCUACAAACAACCAGAUGGUAACACCGGAGGGAGAGAAGCUGCACAGCGACAGCGGCAUCUCAGUCGACACUCAGAGUCUGCAGGAGCAGCAGCAGCACGCACAGGCUGAAGCCCAGCAUCAGCCGUCACGCUCACACACACAGGAGCAAAUAGUGGUGAGGGUAGAUGGAAGCCCCCAGCCCGACUCGCCUCCGACCGAAGUCUAAGGAAGAAGAGGAGGAGGAGGAAGACGAAUUGGCAGGGCUCGGGAACCGAAGGAAGGGGGUGCCACGCAGAGAAUGUAAAAACAAGACAUUGAUUCAUAAUUCAAGUGGCCACAGAAAAACGUACAGAAACCCUCCAAUGUGCUUGGGGCAGCCGACGGAGACUCUUCGUCCCUGCAUGUGGAGUCAAACUCUGUCAUAUAGAGUGCCUGGACACCGAAUCUAUGGCAAUAGCAAACAAGAACAAGUAUAACAACAUGCAACAUAGUUUUUAGGAGCUGCCAGAUUAACCUGUACUUCCCUUUUAACGUCUCCGUUUUUAAUCCCAUGUUUAUGCUUUUUUUAUUUUUUCUUUAUUUGGAGGGCAUUUUUUCUCCUCCUGUCCUCUCUGUUCUCUGUUGGCAUCAGAGAUACAAAAACAGCAGGGGUGCCAUUAGCAAUUCCCAGCUUUUUCUGGAAUUUCUUCCUUCCCUUUCAUUUAAUGACCAAUGUUAAUGUCAUUGUUUGAGAACAGCUACAAGGAUUCAUCCUAGUGACUCAUGUUUUGAUGAGACUGCUCAGUAAUUAACUCUUUUUUUUGUUUUUUUGAAUAAUUAGAUGGCUCUAUGGCUAUGUAACAGACAUAAACUCCCUCUCUAGCAGUGCCUCCAGGGAUUGUAUUUUAGCAGCUUCAUGUUCAUAAUGUUUGUCUCAUGUUUGUGUUUGCGCGGUUGUGUCAUUUUGAGGCUUUAGUUACACGACCGAAUCAGCAGGCUGCCUUCGCUGGAGGUGCAACGUGAGAGGAACAUCUCUGGACUCAGCGCCGCUGCUGACUCACCGAGAUGAGUCGUCUGAUGGGAAACGGGGGAGGGGGAUCCAUUUACAGAGCCAAAAAACAAACAAGCAAACAAAAAAGAAUCACGACUGCUAAUUAAACUACUUAAAUGAGUUUGGGACUGGGAAAAAAAUCAAAUCUGCAGGAGGAAUCCCAUCCAAUCAUUCUUCGGUGAAAUUGGGACAGCCCUCAGAGGAAGCCGGCGCUUCCACCUCCACAAGCUCACGCCUACCGUAAAACACACAGCCUUACUUACACAAGGCUUACCUGGGAGGCGGGUAGUAAUUACCUCAGGGUUCUAGCUUUAUUUACCCUCUGCUGCAACACAGUUCCUGCUGAAGCCUCAAUGUGACAUCAUAUUUUCAUUUUCCAAGGCAGAACCACCCGACAUUUACUGCAUUUCCCAGUUGAAAUCAAGCACUUAAGCACAGGCUUACAUGUCAGGCCUGGUGGUAUCUUUUUUUAUGGAAUGCCCCUUUAAUGUGUCCCCUCCCUGCUGCUUGAAGCGACUGUAGAAGUGAGCUUAAAUACCAUGUAGAGGACACAUACUGUAGCCAAGCUUGACUGCAUUCAUUGCUUACAGUGGCACAUAGAUUCUCAGGAAUUAACUUGUAUGACUGAGAUUAAAUGAGUAUUUACACAAUUUAAAACAAUGGAGAAAUAAAUACUUUGAUUUGGUUGUUUACAUCCUGUUGAUGCAGUGCAAAUUGUUGGCCCAUAUUUGGGGAGUGAACCAGAUUCUUGCCGGUUCAACCUGUACCAAUAGUUUAAAAUAAUGUGUAAUAUGAGCACUUCGUUAAUGGGAGACGGGUUAUUGUUUACAAAGGGGUGGAAGCUAAUGCUGCGUUCUCGCCAAAUGCGUUUUGAGCGUCAGGCAUGUCUGGUUUACAUUCAAAGCCUAUGUGAACGCACAUUGAGAGCGAGUAGCGGCGUGUUUCGUGCGUCUAGCACUGCGUGAUUUAAAGCGUUUUGACCAUUUGACGGGCGUCCAACAUAAUGCUGGUGUUGGAAAAUCUGAACUUUCGCCGCUCAACGUGGAGCGUCAACUAAUCAGAGAAACUUGGCCAUGUAACAUAAUGGCCUGUAGUUGAUGUCCUGCCCGGAGAUCAGUGCCUGGAUCUCCGGGCUGGUCGGGCUGGUUAGCUGGUCGUCGAACUGGGCUCAAGUGAAAUGAAAACCUCACUGGUAGCGACCAUUGUCAGCGCCCUGCCAGCUUGUGAAACUCACAACUCCUCUAAAUUAUCUGGUAAAUUCAAAUACGCGGACACAUUCUGUUGAUUUCAAUAAAUAAAACCUAGACAGUGUUUCAUCUGCCGUUGUUCAAAGUAACCAAGAGAGGAAAAAAAAGUUCAAGAAGCUCCAACGCGCGUCAUGCGGUUAUCCGCCGUCAUAGUUUUUGGUUCAAUAGAAACUAAACACAAAAUGUUCAUCAUCUGAGCCUCCGUUAUGACUGCAGAAGCUUCACUACAUAAUAGUUUGGUGUCACUCUCAAUUUCAUCUGUCAUUGUACAAACAGACCGGCAACGGAAAACAACAUCUCGUUCCAACUCAGGUCUAGCACGAUUUUGACGCGUGUCCAAACACUUUGAAUGUAUCCAGACGCGGCUGACGCUCAAAUCGCUUUUGGUGUGAACGCAGCAUAAGCGUCAAGCGUCUGACUUCAAAGCUUACCCAGAGGCGUUUUUGACAACCAAAGCAUGUUCAGUCUGAACCCAGCAUAAGGGCCAAAAGUGCAUGUGCGUUCGAUGACCAGUUAAGAUCACAGUGCCAUCUAGUGGCUUGGCAUGACAACUACAGCUGACUCAAAGUGUGUAGGCGGAAAAUUUCCCCAAUCAACAUCCGAAAAUACUGGCGGUUUCCAGGCAACGGUCUUCUGUAAACGUAGCCUUAUUGGCCAUUUACAGUAAAAUCUUGGUGGUUCAUAAUGCCAUAAUGCUUACAGACUGCAAAACGGAAUGUGGCAAUUAAGCUAAAUCAAAAGAGCCAGCUGAUGGAAAAGUAGAACAAAAAUUUUAGUUUUAAAGAAGAAAACUAAUUUAUUUACCAUUUUGGGAAUUGCUUCACUCCAACUAGCCUUUGCUUGAAUUGCCUCAAAGGUUAUUCCUGGUUUCUUGAAUAUACAGAACCUCUUCACAGACGACAAACUGUCCGUCUAAUCUUAGUCAAAGUUUUGUGAAAAACUAUUUGCCCCUUUAAGAUUUCUUCUGUUUUGCUAACAGUUACAUUUAAUUCCCAACCCUGUAGACCAAAGUAAUCUCUCAAAUAAAAUCUGCCAGACAAAAGAAAUAAAAAGGUCUUUUCUCUUUUUGACAAUCUGGAACACUUAAUCUGGAAUUACCCAACUAUGAGAAAACUGUAAUAACAGAAAACAUCUGUGAGGGCACAAAUACAUUUUCACUGAAGUUUGAGAGCGUAAAGCUCACAAAAACAUUGCAUUGCCCUGCCUAAACCCUGUAGCUUUAAUGCAUAUUUAUUUAACAAAGAGACAAAAAUAGUAAAAAUCAUUCUGUACUGACAUUAUUCCCAAUUUUUCUUUUUUAAAAACAAAAAAUGUCUAGCUUGCUAAGUUGAACAAGUUACAGUAAUGUCUACUUUGUUGGUGAGGAGAGCAAGUUUCAGCUAACCUAUAUGUAUCAAAAGAAUGUGUGCCUGACUGUAGACAUGGUAUUUUUAGGUAGAAAAUAUGUUUUAUAGCAUUCGAAUAUAAGUUGCAGAGACAUGAAUGAAUAGUCUGAUCAGAUGAUAGUUGUUGGAUGGGUAUAGAUUUGUCUAGAAAUAACCAGAUUACAAAUGUUAGGAAAAAAAUGAUGAAUCAGUGUGAAACUCUAACUUAUAACACAUUUUGCUUAGAGAGUCACUUUCCAACAAUAUCCAAGAGGUAUUAGUUUUGUCAUUUUAUUCUCAGCAAGAGUGUAAAUGCAGACAAAGCCUUUAAGGAAACGAAAGAUGUUUUUUAGCUUGUUAGCGGCGCUUUUAGAGUUUAGUGAUAGAUAGGAAAUGUCUCGCCGAGGGAAGAAAACAGUGAAAAUGACUCAUUACGUCCUGUGUGGCUCUGCAUGGAUCAAUCACUCGGUCACAAACACCCCAAGACAAUUAAACUUUCUGGUCGCCUCACUUUUGAUUCAUGAAUCAGUGCAGUGUAAUAAAUGAAAGCAAACAAAAGUCUGCUGUAGUUUGCAGCUCUGUAGCAGAUCUUGGUGUGAAGGGGUGACCACAAACACACACACACACACACAGGAGUGUAUGAUUCACUCCUCUAUUGAGAGCCGGAGUGAUUCAUCCUGAUCCUGCAUGAGGGACUGACAUUAAAGCAGACUUCUCUACACUUCGUAUGAGUGACCAGGAAGUUGAUUUAAAGGGGGAAAAAAAACAAAUUUUCUUCAUCUCCAUCCCCCCGCUGAGGCUCCAUCAGCCCUCCAGCAGUGCACUCAUCCUGCCUAAAGCUGACGUAUUCCCCUUUCUCCAACAGAUUGAGAUGCUUUGUGAGAAUGUACAGCCUGGGUAGAAACAGAAAAAUAUGCAAGACAUGUUCAAAGGAAUAGUUUUCAUUAGGGAUGCACGAUAUUAUCAGCAUGGUAUCGGCCGAUAUUAGCUGCAAAAUUUAAUAUUGGACAUCGGACAUCGUCACAAUAACUCACCGAUAUAAAAGGUGUUGUUUUUAUAUGACAAACCAGUGACAAUGAAGCCUGCAGCUCAGCAUAGCGUCAAAUUUGCACUAUUUGAGUGUUGUCAUUGUCUAACGGAGAGCAAAUGAAUAAAUUUGACGGAAAAUAUACUGCAAGUUGAAAGUGUUACAUCAUUCUCAUCCUCCUUUUUGACAUUUGCAUUUGGUAGCAGGCUAAAUUGACAAAGAUAAUGCAGUAUUUUAAUUCCACAGUAGAGAAAGCCAUAUAGUUUCAGUAAGUAAAGUAAGUAGGUAUAAGAAAAAAAUAUCGGUAAUCGGCCAAAUGAGUUUUAGCAUAUCGAACAAAAAUCCAAUAUCGUGCAUCCCUAGUUUUCAUGUUAGCCCCAUUUCUGUAGGUCUGAAUUGUUUUUCUCCUUACAUUUCCAGUUUAUUAGGAGUACCACCAUCUUGAAAUGAGCAUUUUUUUUCUAAGUGAGCACUUAUUAGAUAUAAUAUGAUUGCACUCAAAGAGUGUACCACAGUUCAAGUGCCUGUGUACAGUGUCUAACGUUUUUUGAGUUCAGAUGUUUUAAUUGUUACUUUAACCAUGUUUUUAUUUUGCAUCUUUUUUCCAUUUGUGUUUUUUAAUGUGCUUUCUUUUAUAUAUUUUAGAACUAAUGAAGGAUUUUCAUGAACUGAAGUCACAAACAUGGAGCCUUGGAGACUCACAAAAACUGUAAAAACUUGGCACCAUUACAAACAGGUUGCCAAUGAACACAUACUGUAUGUUAAUAUGAUGUAUUAGGGUCAUGUAGCAUUUUGAAAGCUUAAACAUGUUACCAGGUACUUUCACAAGGCUGUUUGUCAACAGAAAUGGGCGCUACUGUACAGAUUUAAUGCAUGUACAGUAGUUUUAUCAAGUACCUCCAUUAUAGAGGCAUCAAGAUAUGUAAUCUGCAGCAUAGUGAUGUCUGUGGAGAGACUCACUGUGAAUCUCUGAGAUUUUAUUACUUGAUACAAACACAUCAGGACUUGGUCCCCCAACCCCAAAAAGCUGAAUGUCCUAUGUAGUUGCCUACUAAUGUAAAAUGCAUUCUGUAAAUGUGAAUUUCUUAGAGUUGAUACGAGAUAGAAAAACAUGCUUUAAAACUGAAAAAAACUGAAAUGUGUGCAACAGUAAUAAAACCACAAUAAAAAGAUUUAAUUGCA